AUGUUCCCGCUCAUCCCCAUGGCGGCGUCGGCCGUCGGGUCAGCCCUCGCCGGCGCGACGGGCUGGAUGUUUGUCAAGUACGAGAACAUGCAGUCGCAGAUGGAGAUGAUCUCCGCCCACACGGCGCAGCUGCAGCUCAGCGCGGAUUCCAUGAAGACGCACUCGAUCUGGAAGGAGCUGCUCGAGCCCGUGGCCCAGAGGUGGGGGCCCGCGAUCAAAUUUUUCGCCUAUUCCGUCGCCGGCGCGUCGUCCGUCGUCGCGCUCAUCGCCGUCGCCUUCUCGCGGGAGAUCCUCCAGGAGCUGCGCAAGUCGCGCAAGGAGCUCUCCGAGGUCGCGGCCCUGCGCGAGGAGGUCUCGCUCCUCCGCCACAUCAUCGAGGACGCCGCAGCGAUGUACCGCAUGCACGCGAUCCUCGCGCUCGCCGUCGGCGCCGCGGCCUUCGGCAGCAGCUCCAGCGCCACCUCCUCCGAGGACUUCGAGAGCAUCGAGGCGACGCUGGACCACGUCGAGGAGAUGGUCUACAACCACACCUACACGCCGUCCGCGCCCAUCGGUACCACGACGCUCGGGCACGGCGUCGACCCGGACGACUACUCGACCUUGGACGACUACCAACUGCCCAUGCGCCGCCGCCUCGAAGACGGGGAGAGCCUCGGCGUGCUCGGCCUGGACUCGGCCGACUUGAACCUGUUCGAGCGCGCGGGCUUCGUCGUGCCGUUCGACUGGGAGUGCCAGGCCGGCACGAGCGGCGGCGUGUACCCGUGCCCGAACGGCAUCCCUUCGACGUGCCGCGCGAACACGGGCGGCGUGUCGUCGGUGUGCGCCAAGUGCUACUGCGAGGUCGGGAGCCACACGUGCUGCACGUACUACAGCGAGAACAACACGUACUCGGAAGGCGGCUACUGGUACGGGGGCUUCGAGUGCCCGUCGGCGCUCCUCAGCGGCGGCGAGCUCGUGACGGACUCGGCGGUCAACUACUGCGAGGUCGGCGACGCCGUCUCCGCGCUCUACGACGACGGCGAGUCCUACUCCGCGACGGUCACCGAGGUGACGGGCAGCGACAUCACGGUCACGUACUCGGACGACGACACGUCGACCUACGACCUCACGGAGUCCGGCAACGUGGUGCAGACCGCGAGCGGCGCGGACUGCGUCACGACCUGCGACUCGUCGACGCUCGACACGGAGGUCUGGGGCAACCAGUGGUGGAACGACCCCUACGUGUCGCAGUCGUACAUCAACUUCAAGGUGACGCGCUACGAGAUGGCGGACGCGUUCGGCGUCGAGUUCUACUCGACGGAGGGCGACACGCUCAAGGUCUUCUCGACGGGCGACGUGCACUUCAAGCCGGACAACGCGGAGCGCACGGUGUACAUCAACGAGCAGGUCGAGUACGAGUACGAGACCGACAUCGACCGCCGCCUCUCGACGGCCGAGGCCGUGCUCGGGGACAUCGACCUCACGCUGCCCAUCGACCACGCGCGGCUCGUCGAGGCGCGGUACCGCCACAGCAACACGCGCGGCGGCUCCCAGAAGCCCGCGGCCACCUCGGAGGUCCCGAGCCCGAAGGGCGAGCCCGUCGCGCUGAAAGACGCGAGAGUCCAGACGGCCCGGCGGCUCCUCGGCCGCCGCGGCGGCUCCAUCUCCACCACGGGGUCGUUCUCGUUGGGCCACAGCAGCAACCGGUCGGGCAACGACUGA